CUCAACAAACAAGAGUCACGAUUCCUCAGGUCAAAAGCAUGCAAUUCUGGCUGAAAGUAAUGGUGGUAAUGUUGGUCGUGUCGGUGUUGGUGGCGGGAAAGGAGGAGGAAACGGUGGUUGUUGGGGACGGCAGCCGCUCUGGUGAUCUAAAUGAGAAGCAGAACCACAAGCAACCUCGAAGCCAACGGGCUAGUGAUCCUUUUGGUGUGUUCUUUUCAAGCAAGAGGAAGGUUCCAAACGCUUCAGAUCCUCUCCACAAUCGUUAAGGGUUUGCUUCAGCAUCAGGGCUCGUUAGAUCAAGAGAUGACAUAUAGGAGAAGAAGAAUAUGAAAUGAAGACUUGGAGUUUGGUGAAGUGGAGACUAGCUUGUACACUGGGAGUGCUGUUUUUGGGCAUUUUGUCAAUGAUGGUGGGGUUAGUUUGUGGGGGAAAGGCUUCUUUUUCCUCGUGAAUUGCAUCCCAUGUUUUCAAAAUUUUGUUGGUUUCUUUAGGACUUUUUAGUUUGUGAUCCAUAUUUUCCACAAUUUGUACCCUCUCUAUACCCCAAUAUAUGAAAAUGAAAUAA